UCAUACCCAAAAAUCAUCAAGAUAGAAAUUUGUCUCAGUACUGAAGGGGUUAAGAGCAAAAUUUACACAAUACUAAUCUCGUGACACUACAAACAGCAGCCUCAUCAGACUAAUCAGCCUCAUAUCAGGCCUCAGCUCCUCCUCCUCCUCCUCCUCCUCCCCCGCGCCAUGACGUCACCAGCAAUGCCUUCCUGUCCUGUCCCUGCUGGGCUGCGGGAACCGCUGCGCAUGAUACCAACUACCCAUUUUUUACGCCCAAUAUCUCCCACUGUUUUGCGCAUCAUUUUUUUAAAGUUUUUGGCUCAUGGCGACUCGCACACGGCUAUGGAAAGUACCAGACGGAAGGAGGUUUGCUACUGUUUCCAUUCCCGCCAAAACAAGAAAUGUCGGUUUGUCUAAUCUCGAAAUUUUUUUUAGUUCAGGCAUCGGUUUCCUCCCCCCAAGUCCAACGCCAGUACACGUCAGUCAGUGGGAGAGUAAGGUUGAGUUUUGCCUGGGCGGACUGAUACGGCUUAUUUACUGUAAAGUCACCAUGAACACCAAUGACCUUCCCCCGAGUUACGAAGAUGCCAUCAAGUCAGUCCCACCUACACAAACAGACCUCGCUCACCACUACACGCCCCCUGCUCCCUUCGCGCCCCUCCCGGCAACAGCACCUCCUGUACCAGGCAUUCCGCAGCCAACACAGCCCUACCCCACCAACGGCACCCCUCACACCCUCCCCACCUACCACUACCCUCCUGUUGUCCUACAAAACAAUCCUCAGCAGUCUUCCAACACCAACAAAACAAUAAGGGCGUGCUUCUGUACAAUCUUCACCAUAGCGUUUAUCACAAUCUUAGUAUUUUUUAUUUCAUUCGCUAUACAUUAAUGAGUGCGUUAUGCCGACAGUCAAACGUUAAUUAAUGAGUCACAUGGCCAUUGAGAGUGUUUGAGAAUGAUCGCACAGGGAAAGUUACUGUUUAUAAAGGCUAAAGGUGAGGAAAGAUGUAUUGAUUUGUAACCCCGAUGGAAAGAAGAAACAGUAUCGGUGCUGCGUGAAGAAAGAUGCGGUGAUUUGUAACAGCUAUGGCAAGAAAAAACAGUAUCGGCGCUGUGUGAUGAAAUAUACAGUGAUUUGGAACAGCUAUGAAUAGAAGAAAUAGUAUCUGCGCUAAGUGAAGGAUGAUGCAGUGAUUUGUAACAGGUAUGGAAAGAAGAAACAGUAUCGGCACUACGUGAAGGAAGAUGCAGUGAUUUCUAACCCCGAAGGAAAGAAGGCGCUGUUGUAGUAUGGUAUGAGAGGCGCCAAAUAGUAACGUGUGCCUCUUAGGCCCCUUUCACACUAGGCAACUUGUGGCUGUCACUCGGUGACUCUCUAAGUUGCUUACCAUUACUUCAAAUGGAGCCUUUCACACUACGCCACUGCGGUUGUCCGGUUGAGCAAGCGGCUAUUGCAGUUGCCCGCUCCGUCAACGAGUGACUGUCACAGGCAGUUGCCGUCACCCACCUUUGGGCAUUGUUUCAAAUGGGAGCUUUCAUACAUAGCCACCGUGUGGCGCAACUUUCGUUCUAAUCUGUCACUUUUGUGACUUUUCUCAGUGUCCAGCCAGCUUUGCACAGGAAAGAACGUGCGAGAUGGAGGGGAUGAAAGUAGUGGAGAAAAUUAACACUGAGGAUUUAAUUCACGAAGUGGAAAAACACCCAGCAGUUUGGGAUUCAUCCAAUGAACAAUACAGCAACAAGAAGGAAACGAGGAACGCGUGGAGUGAAAUUAUUAUGCACUACAUUCCAGACUUUGAAGGGAAAUCUCAAGCUGAGAACAAUGAAAUAUGUGAGUUCAAAACAAACACCUGUUCAUAUGUAUAUUUCUUCAGAAGUAGCUACACCACAACACCAUAUCACCACGUCACACGUAUUAUCCCCCACCACCACCACCACCAUCACUCUCAUGUCACCACCACCGCAACACAUGUAGCCCCACCAACACCACCACCACCACCACAUUCUCUUCACCUACACCACCACACCUUUACAUCACCAACCACAUCACCUCAGUUCUGUCUAGAUAUGAUCUCGGUGCCAGUGAACUGCACCUUUGCCAACAGAAGCACCUUCUCCAUGGAUGUCAUUCUUUCGACUAAUGAGAUGAUGAGAAAGGAUGCCAUAACUCGGUGAUAGUCACUGGUUGCUUGCAAUUGCCCGAGCCUUUCACACUAAGCAACUAGUGACCGUCACUAGUGACGGUCACUAGUUGCCUAGUGUGAAAGGGGCUUUAUACCAUAACAUAUGGCAACUGUACUUAAGAGAAGCAAACAGGCCUGCCAACACUACCGACACACUACACACUGAUAAUAUAUUCAGAUCAGUGAGAUGAUAGCGAUGAAUAAAUGAUACUAGGAAAGAAAGGAGGCGUGCAUGAUUGUUAGUUACGAAAUGAAUGACAAGCUGAAGUGGAGUGGAGUUAAUAGGCACAAUGGGAGGUGGACCAACCACUCCCUUGGUUUGUGCGUGGUGGGCCAGUGGUCAGUGGCGGAGCGGGUGGUGGAAGAUGCCAAGAUGAGUCACGUGCUUCCUGGAGUUGGCGAGUGUACAUUAGCGAGCUGUUAACCCUUCAGUACCAUGACGCAUUUCCAUACUCAUUCUACUUACCAUUUGGUGAUUUUAUACAGCUUCAGAAACUUAUGUGAGAAUCAAAAUAGUGAAGACUGUGGCCAUUAAUCUUCCGACCUCCAUAGACCCUACCUAAUGUCAAUAAAAUGGCUUAAUUAUGACUAAAACGUAUGAUAAAAAUGUGUCCCACUACUGAAGAGGUUAAUAAUCUUUGGGAGUAUAUGUAUAUUUUCUGACAGAGAUUUAUAUACGAGUGAUGUUAGUUGGAUACGAAAUAAUGUAUGAAUUGAAUGUAUAUAUGUGACUUGUUACAGAUUUAUGAUUGUUGGCGAGUUGUAAAUAUUUAUGACUGUU